AUGGCGGCUCAAGUUCCCACCGAGGAGCUCAAGAAGCUCAACGUGAACGGUAGUGCGCCUGCCAACGGCAAGGCCACCGCUAAGACCGGACCCAGCGGCGAUACAGCAGAACAGGACAGUGAAGGGUCAGACGAUGAGGCCGAUGAAAACGCAAACAAUGCAGGCGCAGCGGCCAGCUCCACUGGCGCUGCCAAGAAAAAGAAGAAGAAGAACAAGAAGAAGAAGAAGAAGGCUCCCACCACCCAGUCUGAUCCUCCGAGAGUUCUGAUGUCCCAGCUCUUCCCCAACAACAGUUACCCCAAGGGCGAAGAGGUUGAAUAUCUCAACGAGAAUUCUUACCGCACUACGAACGAGGAGAAGCGCCAUCUGGACCGGAUCAACGACGAUUUCCUCACGGAUUACCGCCAUGCGGCUGAGACUCAUCGACAAGUUCGCCAGUGGGCUCAAAAGAACAUUAAGCCCGGCCAGACAUUAACCGAAAUUGCCAACAACAUUGAGGACAGUGUCCGGGCGCUUCUCGGUCACUCAGGCCUUGAAGAAGGCGACGCAAUCGUUGCUGGCAUGGGCUUCCCAACUGGCUUGAACCUCAACGACUGCGCAGCACAUUACAGCCCGAAUGCGGGCAAUAAGAUGGUUCUUGGGCAGGACGAUGUCAUGAAAGUUGACAUUGGCGUUCACGUUAACGGACGUAUUGUUGAUAGUGCCUUUACCGUCGCUUUCAGCCCUCAGUAUGACAACCUCCUGGAGGCUGUCAGAGAGGCGACCAACACUGGUGUCCGUGAGGCUGGAAUUGACGCACGCCUCGGAGAGAUCGGUGCCUCCAUUCAGGAGACCAUGGAGUCCUACGAGGUUGAGAUCAACGGGCAGACUUAUCCUGUCAAGGCCAUUCGCAACUUGAAUGGACAUACCAUUCACCAUUAUAGUAUCCACGGUGACAAGAGCGUCCCGAUUGUCAAGUCUAAUGACCAGACAAAGAUGGAGGAGGGUGAUGUGUUCGCUAUUGAGACCUUCGGCAGCACCGGAAACGGUUAUGUCAGAGAGUCGGGCGAAGUGUCGCACUACGCGAAAAUGAAGGAUGCCCCCAAGGUUGACUUGAGGCUGUCCUCGGCGAAGUCCCUGCUGAAUGUGAUUAACAAGAACUUUGGCACACUUCCGUUCUGCAGACGAUACUUGGACCGUAUCGGAUGCGAGAAAUAUCUACUGGGUUUGAACAACCUAGUGCAAAGCGGUAUUGUUCAAGAUUAUCCGCCAUUAUUCGAUAAGAAGGGCUCUUACACAGCCCAGUUCGAACACACUAUCAUUCUGAGACCAACCGUAAAGGAAGUUAUCAGCAGAGGUGAUGAUUAUUGA